CCCGCUAGGACUCGCACCCUGGUGUUUGUGGCACAAGGGGGAUUGCCGUGAGCCAAGCAAGGGAACAUCCUCUCGAGACAUCACUCGCCAAGAGAACCCGUAAUAUGGCACGGAGCCUCGCACAUCUCCCUGCGGAGAUCAUCAUUAUCAUCGCGAGCUGUCUUCCCAACAGUGGCAUCAAGACCCUUCGACUAACAUGCAAGACCCUCUGCAACACCGUGCGCCUCCGUCUGGAUCGCGCUUUUCUGUCCGCAAACCCGCUCAACAUCACUGUGUUCCGCGCCAUCGCGGACAGCGAAACGUUCCGACACGGGGUUAGAGAACUCAUCUGGGAUGAUGCCCGGCUCAUCAAAGACCCGUGGGGCGAGUUCCAUAUUGCCGAUCCGCGCGAAGAUGUUUGGGCUGAUGAGGAGAGCGGAACUCCCUUGUGGUUCGUCGACGCGUGCAAAGAGAACAUCGAGGAUGUGGAAAUGCGCAAGAUAUUACACGUCUAUUGCCGGCGCACCCCACCGGAGCCCGUCCUCCUCGCUGACCAGAUCGCGUCCGACCACCUGCCCAUGCGCAUCUGCUGGCAGUACUACCAGAACCUCCUCCAGCAACAGGAAGACGCCAUUGUGUUUAACAAGGAUGCUGAAGCAUUUGUCUAUGCGCUCCAGCGGUUCCCAGCAUUAAGGAGAGUGACGGUCACAGCAGCAGCACAUGGGUGGAUCUUUUCCCCAUUAUAUGAAACUCCCAUGAUCCGCGCGUUUCCAAGGGGGUUCAACUACUACAUUCCGCGUGGCUGGCCAAAUGUUCCUGAUGGAACUCAUACACUGGAAGCAGAGCCAUGGGAGGACGAAGCAACCAGGGAACACUACCGCGGCGUGUGUAUCGCAAUGCACGCGCUUGCCGCGCAUUCCCAGCACCACCAGAUGACUGAGCUACGACUCGACGCCCAUACCCUGGAAACAGGGCUCAACUGCCGCAUUGGAUGCCUUCGUCGCACACUCGCCGGUGCACCGGACAUCCAGCACAUCGGCCUGACCACAAACGUCGACUCGAGCCUUGGUUCCGACUCGAGCGUGCCGGGGAGUGCUGAAUCGCGCGAGCAACUCGUCCCACUCCACACCAUCUUCCCCGCUGAAACCUGGCGGUCGCUCCAGCACUUCGGCCUCUCCAAGUUUCUUGUUGACAAAGACGACAUCGUCUCCUUCCUCUCUUCCCUCCCCGACACCCUCCGCUCCGUCCACCUCGGAUUCCCCUACUUUGUCGACCACGGCGGUACCUACGGCACGUUGCUCGAGGACAUGCGCGACAAGCUCGACUGGCGCAGCCGUCCAUCCUCGGACCGUCCGGUCGUGACUAUAGCCCUACCAACAGAGUAUAUCCAGCUGGGACACGCUAUCUGGCUCGACAAGGAGGUCGGGGAGUUCUUGUAUGCGGACGGCGCGAAUCCGUUUUGGAAUAGAGGCAGUGGCGUGAUGCAGGCGGGGGUGGUGAGGGAUGCGUUUAUUCCGGGGGUGCAGUGGGUACCAUAUGACGUUUGGGGCGGAAUUGCCUGA